GCCCGGCCCGGCGAGCGCGCGCUGCUGCUGCACCUGCCGGCCUUUGGGCGCGACCUGUACCUGCAGCUGCGCCGCGACCUGCGCUUCCUGUCCCGCGGCUUCGAGGUGGAGGAGGCGGGCGCAGCCGAGCGCCGCGGACGCCCCGCCGAGCUGUGCUUCUACUCAGGCCGCGUGCUGGGCCACCCCGGCUCCCUCGUCUCGCUCAGCGCCUGUGGCGCCGCCGGCGGCCUGGUUGGCCUCAUCCAGCUUGGGCAGGAGCAGGUGCUAAUCCAGCCCGUCAAUAAUUCCCAGAGCUCGCUCAGUGGACAAGAACAUCUGAUCAGGCGCAAAUGGUCCUUGACACCCAGUCCCUCCACCGACACCCAGGUUCCUGGGCGGCUCUGCAAAGUUCUGACAGAAAAGAAGCCAAGGAGAGGCAGGCCAUCGCGGGACUGGCGAGAGCGGAGGAAUGCCAUCCAGCUCACCAACGAGCAUACGGUGGAGACACUGGUGGUGGCCGACGCUGACAUGGUACAGUACCAUGGGGCAGAGGCUGCCCAGAGGUUCAUCCUCACUGUCAUGAACAUGGUAUACAAUAUGUUUCAGCACCAAAGUCUUGGAAUUAAAGUUAACAUUCAAGUUACCAAGCUGGUCCUGCUACGACAACGUCCUGCCAAGUUGUCCAUUGGGCAUCAUGGCGAGCGGUCCCUGGAGAGCUUCUGUCACUGGCAGAAUGAGGAAUAUGGAGGUGCCCGGUACCUCGGCAACAAUCAGGUUCCAGGAGGGAAGGACGAUACGCCCCCGGUGGAUGCUGCUGUAUUUGUGACCAGGACAGAUUUCUGCGUACACAAAGAUGAACCCUGCGAUACCGUUGGAAUUGCUUACUUAGGAGGUGUGUGCAGUGCUAAGAGGAAAUGUGUGCUUGCCGAAGACAAUGGUCUCAAUUUGGCCUUUACCAUCGCUCAUGAGCUGGGCCACAACUUGGGGAUGAACCACGAUGAUGACCACUCAUCCUGCGCCGGCAGGUCCCACAUCAUGUCAGGAGAGUGGGUGAAAGGCCGGAACCCCAGCGACCUCUCUUGGUCCUCCUGCAGUCGAGAUGACCUUGAAAACUUCCUCAAGUCGAAAGUCAGCACCUGUUUGCUGGUCACAGACCCCAGGAGCCAGCACGCGGUGCGCCUCCCUCACAAGCUGCCAGGCAUGCACUAUAGCGCCAACGAGCAGUGCCAGAUCCUGUUUGGCACCAAUGCCACCUUCUGCAGAAACAUGGAGCAGCAUCUGAUGUGCGCUGGACUUUGGUGCCUGGUGGAAGGAGAUACAUCUUGCAAGACCAAGCUGGACCCUCCCCUGGACGGCACGGAGUGUGGGGCAGACAAGUGGUGCCGCGCUGGGGAGUGCGUGAGCAAGACGCCCAUCCCGGAGCACGUGGACGGAGACUGGAGUCCAUGGGGUGCCUGGAGCAUGUGCAGCCGGACGUGUGGGACAGGAGCCCGCUUCCGGCAGAGGAAAUGUGACAACCCCCCCCCUGGGCCUGGAGGCACGCACUGCCUGGGCGCCAGCGUGGAGCAUGCGGUCUGUGAAAACCUGCCCUGCCCCAAGGGCCUGCCCAGCUUCCGGGAUCAGCAGUGCCAAACACACGACCGGCUGAGCAGCAAGAAGAAGGGCCUGCUGACAGCAGUGGUGGUUGAUGAUAAGCCAUGUGAGCUCUACUGCUCGCCCCUUGGGAAGGAGUCCCCGCUGCUGGUGGCCGACAGGGUCCUGGAUGGCACACCCUGCGGGCCCUAUGAGACUGACCUCUGCGUGCAUGGCAGGUGCCAGAAAAUCGGCUGCGAUGGCAUCAUCGGGUCUGCAGCUAAAGAAGAUCGGUGCGGGGUCUGCAGCGGCGACGGCAAGACCUGCCGCGUGGUGAAGGGCGACUUCAGCCACUCCCGGGGGACAGUCAAGAAUAAUCUGUGUACGAAGGUGUCCACAUGUGUGAUGGCAAAGGCCGUUCCCAAGUGCUUCUCAUGUUAUAUUGAAGCCGCCAUCAUUCCAGCUGGAGCUCGGAGGAUUCGCGUGGUGGAAGAUAAACCUGCCCACAGUUUUCUGGCCCUCAAAGACUCCAAUAAGAGAUCCAUCAACAGUGACUGGAAGAUAGAGCUCCCCGGAGAGUUCCAGAUUGCAGGCACGACCGUCCGCUACGUUAGAAGGGGCCUGUGGGAGAAAAUUUCUGCCAAGGGACCCACCAAAACACCCCUGUACCUGAUGGUGUUGUUAUUUCAUGAUCAAAAUUAUGGAAUUCAUUACGAAUACACUGUUCCUGUAAACUACACUGCUGAAAAUCAAAGUGAACCAGAAAAACCCCAGGAUUCUCUGUUCAUCUGGACCCACAGCGGCUGGGAAGGGUGCAGCGUGCAGUGUGGAGGAGGGGAACGCAGAACCAUCGUGUCCUGCACGCAGAUUGUUAAUAAGACCACGACUCUGGUGAAUGACAGUGAUUGCCCUCAAGCAAGCCGUCCAGAGCCCCAAGUCCGAAGGUGCAAUUCACACCCAUGUCAGUCACGGUGGGUGGCAGGCCCAUGGAGCCCCUGCUCAGCAACCUGUGAGAAGGGCAUCCAGCAUCGGGAAGUGACCUGCGUGUAUCAGCUGCAGAAUGGCACACACGUCGCCACUCGCCCCCUCUACUGCCCAGGCCCGCGGCCAGCACCAGUGCAGAGCUGUGAAGGCCAGGACUGUUUGUCCAUCUGGGAGGCAUCCGAGUGGUCACAGUGUUCUGCCAACUGUGGUAAAGGGAUGCAGAAACGGACAGUGACGUGCACCAACUCACAAGGAAAAUGCGAUGCAUCCACGAGGCCGAAAGCUGAGGAGGUGUGCGAAGACUACUCAGGCUGCUAUGAGUGGAAAACUGGGGAUUGGUCCAAGUGCUCAUCGACCUGUGGGAAGGGCCUGCAGUCUCGUGUGGUACAGUGCAUGCACAAGGUCACUGGGCGCCAUGGCAACGAGUGCCCUGCCCUCUCGAAGCCAGCAGCCUACAGACAGUGCCACCAAGAAGUCUGCAAUGACAAGAUCAACGUGAACACCAUCACCUCCCCUCGCCUUGCUGCUCUGACCUACAAAUGCACACGGGACCAGUGGACAGUAUAUUGCCGGGUCAUCCGGGAAAAGAACCUCUGCCAGGACAUGCGGUGGUACCAGCGCUGCUGCCAGACGUGCAGGGACUUCUAUGCAAACAAGAUGCGCCAGCCGCUGCCACCACCGCCAAGCUCAUGACACAUGGCCCAGCGGUCCCGCAAUGCUCUGACACGAGGUCUGAGUCCUGACGACAUGGCUAGUUGAAAGCCCACCCACCCGAGAGCACACCAGUCCUGCGGCCGGGACCCCACAGCACACCGCCGCUCACCCACAGGCUGUUCUGAGAAUCCAAUCGCUAGAACUUGAGAGUGGACUUGGCAUUUGCCGUUAGUGCUUUUAUACUUAAUAUAUUAUUAACAGCCACUGGAUGGCUUUCUACAGUAUGGAAAAGAUAGGCAUGAGUCACAAAGUAUUUGUAAUUUCUAAGGUUCCAUGUACCUCAAAGGGAACACCUCUGACAGACAAUUGUCAAAAGAGAGACGUCAUUGAAUGCCUCUGUCGUGGCUUUCUUUUGACCUUUGAAUUCCGAGUGCUUGAUGUACCACGGGGGGAAUAUCCAAAAAAUGAGACAUGUUAAAACAGGCUUUAUUCUGAAAGCCAGCAACACCCUGGACGGAAGGACAGAUGUCAGGGAGCCUCUGCUAUUGGUUUCUCCAGAGAGGGCCGGGUGGCCAGAGCCCUUCUUGAACCACGAGAAUCGGUACUUUGCCUCUCCGAGAACGUGUUCUCUAGAUCCCAGGCCUGGCCUUGGAAAUCUUGUCCCUGAGAGUUUGAAUCUGUGUAAGCCAACAAGGACACCAGGGGCACAUAGUGCUACACACCACCCACGUGGGGGAGAAUAUUCUGGAAGGGUUUGGGUUUGGGGAGGCAUCUAAUUUUCAGAUCUCUGCUGUCCACCACAUAGGGAAACAGAAGAGCCUUUGUCCAAAGUGCUGUGAAAUGGGACACAUGCUAAUUUGGGCUACGGGAUUGCUUCCUGGCAUAAAGGUAAGCUCAAGACAGCUUUGUCAGGGGCGUGUGGGGCUCCCAUUCUGCCUUCUGGGGGCCUCCUCUACUCUAGCCUAUACUGCAUAAAGCUUUGCACCUUGGAGAUGGCUUCCCAUUGACCUUGGCCAUCUAUAUGAAGUUGAUUCUUUUUAGAACCUCUGAGGACUCAAGCUCAGGCCUGGCUGCUUUGCCCUGGCACAGGGUGGAUUUCCUCCAGGGGCCACGCAGCCUGCUGUGCCAGGAUCAGUGGAGGAGUGCCGCCUAGGCCAGGAUCACUGCAUGCUCACCAAGCCUUCCCAUAGCCCAGACCCUGCAUUACUCAUUACUGUCAUGCUCUCAUAACUGACCUGUCUUCUUCCUGGGACAGGAAUGACACUCUUUCCCUCCUACAGUCCCCUCAACCCUGAAAACAGAGCUGUGCCCUCUCCGGAGCCCAGGGAGAUGACAAGAGUGGCCUCUUUGAGAGCACGGAAGAUAGUAGGACCCUGCCUCCCGCGGGAGUUGGGAGGAAGGGACCCUAGAUGCCAGGAGGUCUGUUUUGCUGACCAACUUGGUGGGCGUUUGAUGGGUGCUUAUGUUCAAGGACUUUACCAUGAGAAACCCACCUUCUCCCUUAUUUCAGAGGGAAUCUCAUUUAGGCUAAUCUCCACGGGAUCAUCUCCGAGUGCUCCUUGUUUAUUGGUGCUGUGUUUAUGUAUCUGUGUUUUUGAUGUCACAACUUUAGGAUCAGCUUAAAUCAGAAAGAAAAAAAAUUCUCUGCCAUCUCAAGCCUGUCUUAUGGGCUGUGUCUUGGUUUUCGAUUUUUACUACCCCAGGGGCAGAGAAGUGGUCGGAUGGCAGGGAAUUUACUCGUUUCCACUUGAAUCAGUGAGAAGUGUUGAGAAACUUCCUUAGGUGCUCUGUGGAAAGAGCCAAGAGAAUGCCAUGACGGAGUGGCCCACCUUGCAGUGUAACCCAGCGGUUGCUCCAGGGCCUGUGCAAAAUGCUGUCCUCCCCCGCUCAGGCUUGGCUGCCAGCAGACUCCCCAAAGCCCUGUUUGCACAAAACUCUCAAAUUCUUGGGGAGCUAGGGCUCAGUUUUCUCCUCACCCCAAGUGGGCUGUACUUCGCUGAAGAUCAGCAGAAAGCUGUCAGCCUCUGGGGCUGAGGAGCAGAGUGGAGACAGCCAGCUGAGGAAGCCAGGGAAGGCUUGCCUGCUGUUCCUCAUGGGCCCAUGGGCCCACCCUGGCUGGGCAAGCACGGGCAUGUGCCCACAGGUGAGCACUUUCCCUGGUACCUCUGAAUGUCCCCCUUGGCCACCUUGACUAUCAACUGGACGCCCUGGCAAGGGCCUCACACCCUCAGAAUGCAAGUAAUUGAUUCCGUUAUUAUUCCACACCCGUUGGUUCCCCAAAGUCCGUGUUUUUCUGAGCUCUUUUGGCUCAUGCUGGCACUGUUACUCUGAAACUCACCAGCCCGCCUUCUGUUUAUGACACAAGCAAUGAUUGAUUUCCGUGAAGCCAUCAUGGCAGUCUUGCUCCACUUUGUCCAGAAGACAUUGAAAUCCUGUGAUUACAACAGUGACGCUUCUUUGUUGUUAACCAUAGCCUGUACUGUCACUCAAGUACUGUACCUUUUCGGUUGCACAAAUUACUAACUACAGAGUCUUACGACCUUAUGGUGCUAUUUUCGUUGGUGCAAAUGAAACCUUCUCAGUUGACCAUGGCUUGAUAUAAUCAGAACACAGGGAAAGAUCCUCAAUGGCAAUAACAUCAUUGCUUUGUUCUCUUUUCUUCAUUUCAGAGUCAAAUGUAUAUAUUUUCCAUUAGUAAACUUACAUUACGUACUGUACCCAUGGUAUUUUUGUUUUACUUUUUGGUGCUGGUUUUGAAAGACAAAAAAAGAACAGAAGACAAACAUUGGACACUACUGUAAAUGAAAAAUUAAUCAUUUCAUUGGA